AUGGAGUUCCACCAAAGCAGUCAUCACAAAACCCUGCAACGAGACCCUCUGCCAGCUCAAAGAAAACACCAGGGUUGGUUUGAUGAAAACGACCCGGAAAUUGAAGAACUCGUCAAUAGUAAACGUGCUGCUUUCAUCGACUGGCGGAACAUCCCUAAGUCUCGGACCAAAGUUGAUUCCUUCCACGAGAAGAAUUUGGCAGUUGAGCGAGAACUUCGCAGAAAAAUGAAUAAAUGGUGGAAAAAUAAAGCGUGUGAAAUGCAAAAAUUUGCUGGUCAACACAAGAUACAUGAAUUUUUAAAUUCUGCUAUAAAAAUAUAUGGCCCAACUACCCAUGCGCAACACAGUAAGACUCCCACAGCACAACACAGUAAGACUCCCACAGCACAAAACAGUAAGACUCCCACAGCACAAAACAGUAAGACUCCCACGGCACAACACAGUAAGACUCCUACAGCACAAAAAAGUAAGACUCCCACAGCACAACACAGUAAGACUCCCACAGCACAAAACAGUAAGACUCCCACAGCACAACACAGCAAGACUCCCACAGCUCGACACAGUAAGACUCCCACAGCACAACACAGUAAGACUCCCACAGCUCAACAAAGUAAGACUCCCACAGCACAACAACACAGUAAGACUCCCACAGCUCAACAAAGUAAGACUCCCACAGCACAACGCAGUAAGACUCCCACAGCACAACACAGCAAGACUCCCACAGCCGACACACACAAACACAGUAAGACUCCCACAGCACAAACAGUAAGACUCCACAGCACAACACAGCAAGACACAGUAAGACACAGUAAGACUCCCACAGCACAACACAGUAAGACUCCCACAGCUCAACAAAGUAAGACUCCCACAGCACAACGCAGUAAGACUCCCACAGCACAACACAGCAAGACUCCCACAGCUCGACACAGUAAGACUCCCACAGCACAACACAGUAAGACUCCCACAGCUCAACAAACAACAAACAUGCAAAAACCCGACCUUCUCUUCCAACUGUUUCCUGAUACAGACCCAAAUCUCGAGAUAUUUUCACCCUUACCCAUCAACAUUACCUUGGUGGCUUUCCACAUUGCUUCAACAUAUGUCAAAGAUGACCCACUUCCCCAGUACUUCUCCAGCUCUCCUAAGCUUCCUCCAAAUACUCUCCAAUACUCUAUAGCGCUUCAAAAUCUUAUCCAAAGCUUCCACAACGCCCUCAAACCUUUUCGUCAGUUCACAACUCCUCUAAAACUUCUCUAA